GAAUUAUUUGUCGGUGAAAGUGCAGGAGUGCACCCCCGCGGCCGGGGUGGAGUUGGUUUGAUCCUAAAUGGCGGAAAGUUUCCUUCCGUGUUGAACACAGUGCGAGUCUGACACAAAGAGGGGAGGCGAAGACAUGGACGCUGAGACCACCGCCCACACCGAGCCCAUGGCUGAUGAAGAGGAGCCUCUUUUCAGCAACUUGGACCUCUUCCUUUUCUCCCUGAUUGUCGGCCUUGUUGUUUACUGGUUCAUGUCCCGCAAGAAGCCUGAGCCCAUCCCUGAAUUCAAGAAGCUCGACACACCAGCACCCACCACAAGAGAAACCAGUUUCAUCGAGAAAAUGAAGAAAACAAGCAAGAACAUCAUUGUGUUCUACGGCUCCCAGACGGGCACCGGAGAGGAAUUCGCUAACCGAAUGUCCAAAGACGCUCAGCGCUACGGCAUGAAAGGAAUGGCUGCCGAUCCAGAGGAGUAUGAAAUGGGGGAGCUGUCCCGGCUGUCUGAAAUUAAAAACUCCCUCGCCAUAUUUUGCAUGGCCACCUAUGGUGAAGGAGAUCCAACAGAUAACGCCCAGGACUUCUAUGACUGGCUGCAGGAAAAUGAUGAUGAGGAUCUCUCUGGACUAAACUACACAGUGUUUGCUUUGGGUAACAAGACGUACGAACACUACAAUGCAAUGGGAAAAUACGUUGACAAAAGACUGGAAGAACUCGGGGCUAAGCGCAUCUUUGACCUUGGUUUAGGAGAUGAUGAUGGCAAUCUGGAAGAGGAUUUCAUUUCAUGGAGAGAGCAGUUCUGGCCGGCCGUCUGUGAGCACUUUGGAGUUGAAGCCUUAGGAGAUGAUUCAAGCAUACGGCAGUACGAGCUGAAGGAGCACACCGACAUCAACAUGAACAAAGUCUACACAGGAGAGAUCGGUCGUCUGAAGAGUUUUGAGGUCCAAAAGCCGCCCUUUGAUUCGAAAAACCCAUUCCUGGCUACAGUCACAGUCAACCGCAGACUAAACAAAGCCGGUGAUAGACAUCUUAUGCACUUGGAAGUAGACAUAUCAGGCUCCAAGAUCAGAUACGAGUCAGGAGACCACAUAGCCAUUUUCCCCACAAAUGAUUCUGCAUUGGUGAACAAGCUGGGACAAAUCCUUGGAGUGGACCUUGAUGCGGUUAUCUCCCUUAACAACCUUGACGAGGAGUCCAACAAGAAGCACCCCUUCCCCUGCCCCACCAGUUACCGCACAGCCCUUACUCACUACCUGGACAUCACAAACUCCCCUCGCACCAACGUCCUCUAUGAGCUGGCACAGUAUGCCUCCGACCCCAAAGACCAGGAGAACAUGCGCAAGAUGGCCUCUUCUUCACCUGAGGGCAAGGCUCUCUACCAGAGUUGGGUGUUGGGUGCCAGUAGAAACAUCCUGGCAGUCCUGGAGGAUAUGCCUUCGUUGAAGCCUCCCGUUGACCACCUGUGUGAACUGCUGCCUCGUCUCCAGGCUCGCUAUUAUUCCAUUGCCUCCUCUUCAAAGGUUCACCCCAACAGCAUCCACAUCUGUGCCGUGGUGGUGGAGUACAAGACUGGGACUGGCCGCACCAACAAGGGAGUUGCCACCAACUGGCUGAAGAACAAACUGGUCACUGAUAAUAGCCACAAGUCCACCGUUCCCAUGUACAUUCGCAAGUCUCAGUUCCGCCUGCCCUUCAAGGCCACCAACCCAGUGAUCAUGAUCGGCCCUGGGACCGGAAUCGCUCCCUUCAUGGGCUUCAUCCAAGAGAGAGCCUGGCUCAAAGAACAAGGAAAGGAGGUUGGAGAGACGGUGAUGUUUUUCGGCUGCAGAUAUAAGAAUGAGGAUUAUCUCUACCAGGAGGAGCUGGAGGAAGCCGAGAAGACCCAAGUUCUAACGCAGCUUAAUGUUGCCUUCUCCAGAGACCAGGAGCAAAAGGUGUACGUGCAGCAUCUCCUGAAGAAAAAUAAGGAGCACAUCUGGAAGCUGAUUCACUCAGACAACGCUCAUAUCUACGUCUGCGGGGAUGCCAAGAACAUGGCUCAUGAUGUGCAGACGGCCCUCUAUGAGAUAGGAGAAGAACUGGGAGGCAUGACGCGCACACAGGCCAUUGAUUACGUCAAGAAAACUGAUGACAAGGGUCGCUACUCACAAGAUGUCUGGAGUUAAAGAGCCUCAGAACCAGCAUCAGCCUUACUACUCAAAGUGGUGCGUUUCAAUUUUCUUUUUUUUGUUGCGUGUCUUGUUUAUCAGGACUGGAAGAAAAAAAACAUUACACAUGUGUUCGUCACCCUGGUUCAUCAGAGCUAGAGGUAGCAGAAGAUCAUGAGGCAAACACUACCUCAGCAGGUUGUGUUGAUAAACACACUCAGCAAGUUCAAUCUGUAUUUUGUAAGGGUACUUCAUAAUGUGUCUGGACCACCAGCCUGUGUUUUCUGGAGUCCUCACUGGAGCCAUGGUGUCACACCCCGUCUGCAGCAAAGAGUCAUCCUCCUUUCAGAUUUUAUUUUUUUGAGAUUCCGUUUUAUAUUAAUGAGUCGAUCGGCGCAGCUUCAUAUCUUUUUAUAAGCAACUGAUGACAACUCGAAGUGCUACGGCGAAUCGCUGCUCCCCAACUCUGGAUCUACACAACAUAAUUCCAGUGAGAUCAUAAAGAUUUCAAUUGAAAAUGUAGAAAGCUUAUUCAGUUUUUAACUUUCAUCUAAUUCAUUAACGGAUUAUAGACGUAAAACACCACAGCAAAUAAUUUUGUAUCCUGUGUAUGUCUAAAUGAAAAGCAUUGUGUGUUUCCUUGGGGAACGCUGCUGACUUCAGUGUCUCUCAGACGAUCUUGUAAGAUUUUAGAAAGCACUUAAAAUACAUUAAAUAUUCUAGACAAAAUGUAUAAAUUGUAAUAACUAGUAUGCAAUUAUCUUUUGACAAGGGAUUUUGCCUGUUAUGCAUAAGACGCAACAACAGUGAUGCAAAGGGGAAGAUCAUUCACACAUAAAAACAUGAGAUUAUGUACUUGGUAUUUACCAUAAUAGCAGGCCUUUUAAACUAAUCUGUAAGCACCCUGUAAUAUUUGCAAAAUGUUCAUUUGAAAUAUUGUGUUUGAAACCAGAUCUGGCCUCCCAAAUAGUGGUUGUUUAAUUGAUAUGCAUCUGACGGCAGAGGAGUAUGAAAUGGGAAUGUAUUAUGGCAGUAACACUUGGACAUAUGACAACCAACUCUGCUCGAUUUGUUAUCUGUAUUUUUUUUUAAAUUAUUUUGUCCAAACACAUAUGCACCACUACAUGGAGAAGAUGACCAGACAUAUCAAAGCAUUUGGUGUCUCACUCCGCAUUUGUCAGUCAGUCCUUUUUGUGUGAAUAUGGGGAGUUUGAGGAGUGCAGCCAACCAGUUAAAGUGCAGCCUGUGCCUUUUUACCAUUGCCUUAUGUAUUUAGUUAGAAAUUAAACCCUGAUGUUUCACUGUCUCUCGCAGUUUUUAUUUUUUUCUUCCAUUGUUAUAGAAAGUCACCUUACCUGGUGCGGUCAGUUGUCAUUCCUCUUUAUAACGUAAUAGUUUGAUUUUAUCAAGGCAUGCAUUUUGUAAUUAAUAAAAAUUGAAUAAUU